AGCUGGAGUCACUCGCUCAGUAUCCAAGUGCGCCGGCGCACGUUUGCGAUGAAAGUACCGGAACACUUGUGACUUUCUAUCGACUUUAGUGAAUGUUUCAAAUAAAACCCUACACGAGCUGAUACUUUAGACUGACGUAUGUAAGUGACAUCCGUGAUAUUAAAUUCAAACAGACGGGAUAAACACGUGUUAGUGACAGGAAUCUUAUUUGAUUUGAGAGUGGAAACAUUGGUCUCUUGUAUUAAUUGAAUACCAUAAACAUGGAUUUAAGAAAUAAGAUUUCCCUACGGAGGUCACGGCCACGCAUCGAAUCAUGGGUCAAGAUCAAUCCUUCAUCACUCAAGCCAGUGUUGCUCCUGUAAAAAAAUAUCAGGACAAAUACGACGAUACCAUACAAUACAGAGUUUCUCCUAUCGACUAUCGAACGAGCGACUACGACAGGACAGAUUACAAACGUCACAGAGCAAGAAGUAGUGCCGAGAGUUUCAAAAGCGACAACUCCUCGACGGAGAGCAGUGGCUACAGAAGCGGUUCCAGUGCUUACGAAUGCCGUUCCGAGAGAUCGUCAAACAGUGAUUAUUACUGCACAUCCUUAUACAAGAACAAUCACUACAAAGAUAUAAACAAAGAACUUUAUAAACCAGUCAAAAUACCCAAAGAUAAACGCUAUAAGCAAUUGUUCGACGACAAAGACGAAAAUAAAAGCGACAGGUUGAAAGGGUAUCUCAGUGAAGCCGAGAAAGCUAAAUUGAAGGCUGGUCCGACGCCUAAGAGGGCCGGUAUAAGAAAUUACACACCUAAAAUUAUAUCGGCAGAGGAGCAGCGGAAAAAGAUAGAGAAUUGGAUUUAGUUGAGAUUAGUAGGAUAAGUUGUAAAUAUUAGCGUAGACGUAGAUGUAUAAGGAAGGUAAGAAUGGAGGCGGCAGGAGCGUUAGCAAGCUUGGCACCUUCUCCCAUCACCGUGCUGGGGCUGAUACCACUCCUGGCUCUCGGGAUCACGUACUUCAGAUAUCAGCAAUAUGAUCCAGAGUCAUACGUAACCGACAUCAACAAAAUAUUGCCGAUCUACGAUUUUGUAAUUGUUGGUGGAGGUUCAGCCGGUGCAGUCGUCGCAUCACGGCUCUCUGAGAUCGGCAACUGGACCGUGCUCCUCCUUGAAGCCGGUCAGGAUGAGAACGAGAUAUCAGAUAUCCCAGCCCUAGCUGGAUAUACGCAGCUUUCCGAAAUGGAUUGGAAAUACCAAACGACGCCCUCCAAAAACCGUUCCUACUGCCUCGCAAUGAAUGGUGAUCGCUGCAACUGGCCCAGAGGCAAAGUACUCGGCGGAUGCAGCGUACUCAACGCUAUGGUGUAUGUCAGAGGCAAUCGAAAUGAUUACGAUCUUUGGGAGGCACUCGGCAAUCCCGGCUGGUCGUACGAUCAAGUGCUACCCUACUUUUUAAAAUCCGAAGAUAAUCGCAAUCCAUACUUAACGAACACGCCUUACCAUUCGUCCGGUGGGUAUUUGACGGUCCAAGAGGCCCCAUGGCGAACGCCUUUAUCGGUUACUUUUUUAAAAGGUGGAAUGGAACUGGGUUACCAAUACCGCGAUAUAAACGGUGCAAAACAAACUGGUUUUAUGCUGACGCAAGCAACUAUGCGACGUGGAAGUAGAUGUAGCACGGCAAAGGCUUUCUUGAGACCUAUUCGGAACAGAGAAAAUUUACAUAUAGCACUAGGAGCACAGGUCACGCGUAUACUUAUAAAUACGGUCAAAAAACAGGCUUACGGUGUAGAAUUUUAUCGUAACGGUGAAAAAUAUAAAGUCAGGAUUAAGCGAGAAGUCAUCAUGUCGGCUGGAGCACUAGCAACACCUCAAAUAAUGAUGUUAAGUGGCAUUGGUCCCGCAGACCACUUAAGGGAACAUGGUAUCCCACUAAUAGCCAACUUAAAAGUAGGUCACAAUCUUCAGGAUCAUGUCGGGUUGGGAGGUCUAACAUUUGUUGUUAACAAACCCAUCACCUUUAAAAAGGAUCGUUUUCAAUCAUUUUCAGUCGCUAUGAACUAUAUUUUAUAUGAGAAAGGACCAAUGACCACGCAAGGCAUCGAAGGUUUGGCAUUUGUUAACACCAAAUAUGCACCACCAUCUGGAAACUGGCCUGACAUACAAUUUCACUUUGCACCAAGCUCAGUAAACUCUGACGGUGGGGAGCAGAUACGAAAAAUAUUAAAUUUGCGCGAUCGAGUGUAUAAUACCGUUUAUAAACCUAUUGAAGAAGCUGAGACAUGGACGAUAUUACCUUUGCUGUUGCGUCCUAAGAGCUCAGGUUGGAUAAAAUUAAAAAGUCGAAAUCCUUUUCAACAACCAUCUGUAGAGCCUAACUAUUUCGCUUACAAAGAAGAUAUAAAGGUGCUGACAGAGGGUAUAAGAAUUGCCUUUGCUUUAUCAAAUACGACUGCGUUCCAAAAAUACGGGUCGAGACCGCACAAUAUACCUUUACCGGGUUGCCAACAGCACGUGCUGUUCAGCGAUGAAUAUUGGGAGUGUUCUCUAAAGCACUUCACGUUUACAAUAUACCAUCCGACGGGAACUUGUAAGAUGGGUCCAAAUCACGAUCAAGAUGCGGUAGUCGAUCCUCGCCUGCGAGUACACGGUGUAGCUAAUCUCAGGGUAGUCGAUGCAAGUAUAAUGCCGACGAUUAUCAGCGGGAACCCUAAUGCUCCCGUUAUAAUGAUAGCCGAGAAAGGCUCUGAUAUGAUCAAGGAAGAUUGGCUUGUGUUAUGACAGUGUUCAGUGCUGUGUGUUAUUAGUCAUUGGACGCUAAAGAACUAUUUAUGUCACAAAGUACUUUUAGUUGUUUAUGUUUAAAACAAUUGUAAUUAAGUAUGUACAUAAUUUUAUUAUACUCAAACUUGUUAAUAAACAACUUCAAACAUA